UUAAACAAUAUAUCAGUAAAGUUUUUCAGGUGGAUGAAAAUGGAAACAAGUGUUUUAAAUAUUGACACUAUUUUGUCGGUAACAAAAAACCCAGAUCUUCGAAAAUUUUCUUCAAAUGAUAUAACAUUAGUCUUACCCGUUUUGGUUCGCGCAUGUUAUGGAGGUAAUGUGAAUCGAAGUUUGGCCAAAAAGUUGAAUAGAGAUUCUUAUUUAAACGAGCAAAUAAAUGAUCAGAUGAAAUAUAUACGAUUUAAGCCAGAUCAAGCAGUUAUGGAACGAGUCAGCCGAUUAAAUUUUGAACUUUCUAAACUGCCAAUUAGCGAAAUCUGUGAAAAAUUACGAAAAGAUUCUUCAGCGACUCGUUUAUCUCAGUUUGAACAAAGUGACGAAGUUGCAGAACAAUUGAUUUUUGUUGUUUCUCAAAUUCUUAUGCUAAAGCGACUCCUCUGUCUUGAGAAGGCCUCUUUGCCAGAGGGCUAUAAGUUUCAUCUUUUUCAUACUGAGUCACUCAGAGUUUUGGUUAUCAAUUGCCUUUUUGUGAUACACACCAACCAUGCCUUGAGUGGUUUGAGUUCAAUUUCAGAGUUAGCUCAAAUAAUUUUGAUAACAAAAAGCCCUUGGAUCUUUGUGAAAUCAUUCCUUUUAAAUCUAAGUUUUCUUUACCGAAACUUUCUGGUCGUAGUUAUCCACGUUUCGUUGCCUCCCUACAUCGAAAUCGAUAGGAACUCUUUCAUCCUGAAUCUUUGCAACUUACAAAGUACUUCAGUCGAAUUCUUGAGUAAUUAUAUUGUGGAGUAUAAAGUUAACCCACAUUUACUUUUCGAUCUUUUGAUCCAUAAGUGUAAUAUUGAAAGCACUAUUGAAUAUUUCGAAGUAUUCAUGCAUGAAAUGCUUUUCAGUGAGGCAAAAAGUGAAGUCAAAUUGUGGCUCAGACCGUUUUUGAAACAAUGCUGGAAGAGUAAAACUGCACAUUGUAAUAUGAUUGUAAGUUCUCUUAAAGCUCUGCAUGAAAAGUUCCGCUGUUCAGAAGCAACGGCCGAUGUCAUAAUGAGGGCAACAAGAUUGGUCAAACUAGUGACAGGCUUACGGUUGUUGACUCAAUGGAGACUUGAAAAUGAAAGUGAUCUAGUUGACCUGAUGACCCUAAAACUAAACAACGUUCCAGAAGAAUUGUUCCACUCAUACUGUAAAAUAAUUCUGACAUCAUUGGUUCUCAUUCCACAAUAUAUACUUGAUCAUGCACACGAGAAGCGCUUUUUGGAUUGGUGUAAAUGGAUUUUGUAUUGUCACGGUAGCUCAGACAAUCUGAAACAGGCACCUCAUAUCGAAACUUUACUCAACAUUGGUAUUCACUUUCUGCACAAUAGGGAUUCAGAGCUAGAAAAUUUAGUCAGUUCGGUUUACGGAAUACCUAUCAAUCUUAAAACUGACAAUUUCAACAGAAUCCGCGUUUUCUUUACUCAAUUAGUUUUGAGCGAAAAUGAAACGGCAAUUAUUUGCUCCAAAUUGCCUGUAACCAGUGAAAUGUGCAGUAAACUUGUUUCCAAUGACUUUUCUUACUUGCCGAUUGAUUGCUUCUGUAAUUUGAUGGCCAAAAAUUCGUUUGAGAAGAAUCAUGUCUCGGUAUCCAAGUGGAUUUUUGCUCAGACUGUUAAUUGUAAAUUUCCUCUCCAUAAAUCAAUGAUUGAGCUGCUUGAUAAUUUCAUCAACAGCGUUGUGAAUCCAUGUUCACCAGAUGAGUUCCAAGAAGUUCCUUUUGCUGAGAAGGAAAUCUCAACUUUGUUCAUUCAGCCGUUUGAUACUGCAAAGUGUGAAAAGCUGUUUGCUUGUCAAACUUUAAUGGUUUACUAUCUAUUAGCUUACAGACUUGCUGUGCUCAAUGCGGCUAAAUAUAAUGCAACCUUCAAUGUUCAGCCCAACAGAUUUGGCGCUCUUUCGAACUCAAGACAAAAGAAAUUGUCUGAUUUGCAAUACUCAGAGAAGCUAAUAGAAAUGAUUCCGAUACGUUUCAUCAUUAAAAAAGCAGAAAAAUUUCAAACGAAGAUGUCAGUGCUGUAUUCCAAGCUAUUGAAGCUCGCUUAUAACCAGUAUCCACAAUUAUUCCAACUGAACAGUUCAGUUUCCUUGAAAUGGUUUUUCGAAAAUAGCGAUCAUAAUGGAAAAGUAGCAUCUAAAAAAUUAUCCUUAACUUUAUUUGACAGUGAGCAAACACCACUCCCGACAGCUCCGAAGCUUAUGUUCGUUUUCGAAAAACCUGUUAAACAUAGUCAAGACUGCAUAAGAAGCCUACUUUCUAUGCUAUCAAUGACAGAAAAUGACGCUUCAAACAUGCUAGAUGCGUUUGUUUCAGUUCUACCGAGUCUAUUAAAGCCGAAUGUUGCUCUCAGGAUUCAUAAUUUAGUAUUGGAUGUCUGGAACUGUUUCAACGCUUGUUUGCCGAGACUUCUGUGGAUGAAGACAGUUAAUGUUUUAAUAUCGAACUCAAAUAUCCCAGCGAAGUAUACAAUCUCUGAUCUUACUUGCGAUCCUCUGCUUGUCUUGAAAUGUGAUGAAAAAGUCUUUAGAUAUCCAACGCUUUUGACGAUUGUCAUUCGGGUACUUUCUGCUUUUUUGGUUGCGUCUAGAGUCCAUUUGUCUCACCAGAUUUCGCUUUCCUCUGGUGAUAACUCACUAAACAUGGGAGCUAUUAAAGACCAAGAGAAGGAAGACCUAAGAGCAGCUCUUAUUUCCACUCAGGAAUCCACUGCGGUUCAAAUGAUUUUAGAAAUCUGUUUGCCCAAAAACGAAAGUGAAAAAUUUGAAAACCAUAGUCAAUCAGAAAACAGCCACGAUCGCCUGAAUUUGCGAGAAAUACAAGGUAUUGUCUGCAGUCAAAUACAUCAGAUGUUUCUAGAAGAUUCAAAUAUUAUAAAGUUACUUCAUUUCCAAGGAUAUGAUCACCAGCUGUUAGCUGUUACAACACAAGGAAUACCAUCUAUGCAUUGCUGUUUUGAUUUUCUGCCCGAGUUGCUUAAUCAACCUCACAGAGAGCAGCAGAUUUUUGCGAUCGAUCUUGUUUCUCAUCUUGUUGGUUUGUACACAAUUCCCAAAGCGUACUCGAUAGCUCAGCUCACAAUUUCAGUAAUGUCAACCGUAGUCGAAGUUCUCCCGAAACAUGAAAUAAGUUCGUAUUUCAAGUAUCUUAUUCCGGCUUUAGGAAGGAUUGGGAAAGCUUUUCCACCGUUGUGCAAAGAUGUUUCUUCGGUGCUUUUUCGAGUAGCUGAAAUAUGCUGGUCUGCUCUGGGAGCCGAAAAAUCACAAUUCAGUCUAUACGAAGAUUUCAGUGAAGACAAUGAAAAUAAUAAGUUUGCAAAUGAGCCGUUGUUUGAAACUUUAACUGAAUGUAGAAAUAUCUUCGCAACUAUUGCUUCAGACUGUUUGGUUUAUAAACUCUAUUGAAAUUUAAAAAGUAA